UGAAGUGUAACCAUGUUGUUUAGUUGGAGCCGUUUGUCUGGACUCGGCCUGGUAGAGUAGCAGCAGGUUAGGAGGUGACUCACCACUCAGCUUGUCUGUAAGUCGAGCCUUUUUAAUGCCUUUCUGUCUGUACUGAUCUGACUCAUCCAAAAUGGCUGUAACUUAUAACACACACCUCUCUGAUUUUGUUCAACGUGAAUAUGAAGGGUUGUCUGCCAAUUACACAUGUAAUCAGCUUUCUACAAUUCUCCACACCUGUUUUUCUGUACUUAAACCCUCUCCUCCUCCCUCCAGGCGUUGUCCCCUGCCCCUGCGUCCACCGUGGGAAGCCCUGUAGGCAGCUCCAUCAGUCUAAUUCCGGAGGACGGACUUCCUCCCAUCCUCAUCUCAACCGGAGUUAAAGGAGGUGUGAGGGGACACAGCACAGCAUCACCACCCUCAGACUAUGCGGUGGACGAGCGUCCCUCUGAGAUGGUUCUGAUACAGCAGCUGGAGGAGGGAGGUCCUGACCCCUUGGUGUGUUUGCUCAACGCUAACCUGCUGGCCAUGGUCAACCUGGUCAACUACGUAAACAGGAAGUGUUGGUAUGUGACCACUAAGGGGAUGCAUGCAGUGGGCCAGGCCGAGGUGGUGGUGCUUCUGCAGUGUCUACUUGACGAGAAGAGCAUCCCCAAAGACCUCUUCAGCCACUUUGUACAGCUCUACCAGGAGGCCCUCACAGGUAAUGUCCUGACCCACCUGGGCCAUUCGUUCUUCACCCAGAGUUUCCUGGGCAGCAGGGAGCAUGGAGGGUUCCUCUACGUCUCCCCAUCUUUCCAGUCCCUCCAGGACCUGAUGCUCCCCAACCCCCCCUACCUGUUUGGGGUGUUGCUGCAGAAGUGGGAGACCCCCUGGGCCAAGAUGUUCCCCAUCAGACUCAUGCUGCGGCUGGGCGCCGAGUACAGAUGACUUCCGUAACUACCAGUACACGUUGUCCCUAGUGAAGGGUCUGGUGGUGAAGAAGACCUGCAUCAAGAUCCCCAGCAACCGAUACAACGAGCUGAUGAAGGCGAUGAACACGUCCAAUGAACA